UACGAUUUAUAAUUUACAAAUAUUAUCAAAAACAUUUUCGUAAAUAUUUAUCAUUGAAACUUAUUUCAAAAGAAAACCCUGAAUUUAGUAACGAAGCUAAAUUGCAAACAUUUGAAACGAACGCAUCCGAUUGAAGAUAAUAGACGCUUGCAAGUUCUUCUACGCGCUACGACGAGUUUGUUCGAUAAGAAAUUACAAAAGUUCAAGGACCGCUCUAUUAAUCAAAGACAUUGUCAUAUUUAUACGGCAAGAGGAGAGCACGCACGAGACAGCGCGUACGUUCGUAAACCCUGCAUAUCACACCUACCAUACACAAUCCGCGCGUGCGCAGUCACGUGCUCACGAAUGCAGCCGGGUAGUACAACGUGGCCGACGUCACGCAUCCACGCUUUGAACUCCUACGCGGGAUGAGUAUAAACGCGUGACGUAAUCGCGUGUGUAGAAGCCCACACAAAAGAGCGAAUGAAAGAGCGAAGGAUCUAGCACGGCCAAUUCAAAAGUGAAUCAUGCAUCCCCCCUCGCUGUUGCCGACGCCGUUACUGCUGGUGGUAUUGCUCGCCAGUCAGGUAGCCCGUUCCUUUCUACUGGAGGGCUCUGCAACGAGCUACGCGCAAUUUCGCAAAUGGAAUGCCGGCCUGAACGGUACCCUGGAAUUCGAAUUCAAGACAGAGCAAGGUAACGGGCUGCUACUUUACACAGACGAUGGCGGCACUUAUGACUUUUUUGAGGUUAAACUGGUCGAAAGCGCGCUUAGGCUGAGGUACAAUCUCGGCGGUGGUGCACAGAUUGUCACAGUCGGUCACGAUCUUGGCGACGGCCAUUGGCACAAAGUGCAGAUCACCAGAUCCAACGAGAAUACUACUCUAACCGUGGAUGGUGUUAGCGCGGUCUCUACAUCGCGGGGUAAGGAGUUUGAAUUCGGCAAGCUUGCCGGGAACUCGGACGUCUACGUGGGCGGUAUGCCUAGCUGGUAUAAUAGCAAACUCACAUUGUUGGCUUUGCCUAGCGUGAUAUUCGAGUCCAGAUUCAAUGGAUUUAUUAGGAAUCUCGUGUACGCCGAUGGGGAAAAUAUCGUGCCCAGAAGACAGGAGAUGAAGAGUCGGGACGCCAAAUGCGGAGGCUUUCCAUGUGUCGAGAGUAUCAAUAAGCGCAAGUCGACAAGG